GCCGGGUCUCAAUCUGGCAGGGAACACCUGCUGGUCAUGUUUUCUCCUUGGCUCCGACGAUGGUUCUCAGCCCUCUCCUCUCCUAGCGUCACUGCCCGUGCAGGGCCGGGGCAUGGGUGACUUGUCUUGCCACGAAACAAUCGGCGAUUUCAACACCGUGAAAUAUUGAGCGAUUUUGGAACUAUCGAGCCAGGGGUCCUGCGGGUGGUAUGCCGGCCGGGUGAUGUGGACUUUGACUGGUGGUUGAUGACGGACGCUACAGCACAUGCAUGAAUUGGCAGCGAGCCAGAGAGGGGGAGAUUUGGCCCGCAAGAAAUGCUAGCGCGGCUGGGCAUGAGUUCUCUCGAUGCUCGCAGAAUGCUGUGCACAGAGGGGUUCAUCGCAGGGUUUGACAUCCCGUUUACGGCUAGAGGCAUCAUUUCGCUGGGCUCUGGGGCCGUGCGCGCAGCGGUCGAUGUGGAAAAGCAACGGAAUCAGACGUCCAGGCCCAAGACAGGAGAGCGCGCAUUGCUCGUUAUGGGAAGUGUUCAUGCCGAUCCGGAUCUGGAAGUACCUGCGGGCAGGCUGUGAAUCCGGCGUCUAGGGCACAGAGGACGCCGAUGAAUCGGGUGAUGGCUGCCAAGACAGGCCAAUAACCACAAUGUCCAUUUUCCCCCAUAGUUUUCUCUAGCCUCGCCCACUAGUCUGACCAUCUAGUUCUUUAGUCCGUGUUGCUUUUUGUUUCUUUGUGCGUCGCGAUUUGCCUGAAGGAGCGCAGUUAGUGUGGUGUCAAACGCACACCAAGCUGUAAAGGAAAGAAAAAGGAGUAAAGUUGCUACGGAUGUCUGAUGGCGUGGGCGACUGUCUGUCUGGUGCGACUGGGCAACAGCCACCAGGGGCCGGCUUCCGAA